AUGUCAGACAAGCUCAAGGAACGCAAAAGAGCUCCAGUUUCUCAUAAAGUAAUAGAAAAACGGAGGAGGGACCGGAUCAACCGCUGCCUGAAUGAAUUGGGCAAGACAGUACCUAUGGCCCUGGCGAAGCAGAGUUCCGGGAAGCUGGAGAAGGCUGAGAUCCUCGAGAUGACGGUUCAGUACCUGAGAGCUCUACACUCCGCCGAUUUCCCCCGGGGAAGGGAAAAAGCAGAGCUCCUAGCGGAGUUCGCCAACUACUUCCACUAUGGCUACCACGAGUGCAUGAAGAACCUGGUGCAUUACCUCACGACCGUGGAGAGCAUGGAGACCAAAGACACCAAAUAUGCGCGCAUCCUCGCCUUCUUGCAGUCCAAGGCUCGCCUGGGCGCCGACCCUGCCCUCCCCACGCUGGGUUCGCUUCCGGAGCCGGAUUUCUCCUAUCAGUUGCAUCCCUCAAGUCCUGAGUUCUCAGGCCACAGUCUCAACGAGGCCACCGUGUUCCCGCAGGGUGCUACCCCAGGGUCUUUCCCCUGGCUGCCCAGCGCGGCUCGCAGCCCAGCGCUGCCCUACCUGCCCAGCGCGCCAGUGCCGCUCCCGGGCCCCGCCCAGCAGCACAGCCCCUUCCUGGCGCAGGUGCAGGGUCUGGACCGACAUUACCUUAACCUGAUCGGCCACUCUCACCCCAAUGCUCUUAACCUGCACACGCCCCAGCAGCCCCCAGUUCUUUGA